AUGGCUAACCUACUGCUUCAAGAUCCAUUCACGGUUCUUAAAGAGUAUCCAGAUCGUCUAACUCAAACGCUUGAGACCCCACUACAGACAUGUUGCCUACGGUUCUCGCAUGGUGGUGACUACUUAGCAAUGGGCGCCUCGAAUGGGGCUGUUGUAAUCUACGACAUGGAAACAAUCAAGCCAAUUGCGAUGCUGGGCAAUAGAGGUGGUGGCCAUGUAAGGUCGAUAGAAUCCAUAGCGUGGUCGCAAGAUGAUCGAUACAUCUUGACUGGUUCUCGGGAUUGGCACGUUAAACUAUGGGACUUGCAAAACCCUGGGAUGCCACAUCGGUCUGUUAAGUUCAAUGCACCGAUUUGGACGUGCCAAUGGCGUGGAGAAGGGAAUUUAGGCUGUUUUGGGACUGUAUAUGAAGAGCCACAUGCAUUUGUUAUUGAUUUCGUACCUGCUACACCCAUUGUCGAAAAAAUAAUAGAUCCAACUGAAGUUCUAGAACAGGGUGAACAUGAUAGAAGUCAGGAGGAGGACUCGACAGAGUUCCAGCAUCAGGAUUACGGAUAUAGUCUGGUUGCAUGUGUACACCCCAUACACAAGGAACUACUAAUUGUAGGUACGUCAAAAGGCUGGUUGAAGAUUUAUCGCAUUGCUGGUCGGAAGACAAAUCUGGUACAUACAUACCGCUUUGCUUAUACGAAUGCAAAGCAUUUGAUCAUAUCUCAAUCAGGAGAUCGCAUGGCAAUCAAUUCUUCAGAUCGGACUAUCAGACAAUACUUCUUAGAGAUCAAUUCAGAUCUUACAGAGUUCAAUUUUACACUAGAGCACCGGUACCAGGACGUCAUUAAUAGGCUCCAGUGGAAUAGUAUCUGCUUCAGCAGCAAUUCUGCCGAAUAUAUCGUAGCUUCAGCUCAUGGAUCAUCAGCGCGCGAUCUAUAUCUAUGGGAAACGAGCACUGGGUCCCUGGUCAGGGUUUUAGAAGGUGCGGAAGAAGAGCUAAUGGACAUCGAUUGGGACUUCAACCACAUGUACAUCACAAGCAACGGAUUGGAAACUUGUAAUGUGUACAUUUGGUCACUUGUAAUACCUCCAAAAUGGAGUGCCUUAGCUCCCGAUUUUGAGGAGGUCGAAGAAAGUAUAGAAUACAGAGAAAAGGAAGAUGAAUUCGAUCAAGCAGGAAUGCUUGAGCAGCAACAAGAGCUCGACCAGGCUGAGGAAGUCAAGAUAGACCUUCGAACAUGCGAAAAAUUCGAUGUACGAGGAAACGAAAUUAACUACAAUCGAUUCGUCAUCCCGACCGAUUACGAAAGUAUCCUGAUGUUAAAAUACUGGGACAAAGAGCGUUUAGCGGGUCAUUAA